AUGGAAUGGACAGAUAAUUAUAAUCGUAUUGUUUGUGAGUUAAUGGCCGAACAAGUAAGGAAAGGAAAUAGGCCAAAUACACAUCUGAACACUUUAGGUUACAAUGAAGUGUCGGCAAGAUUUUUCCAAAUGACCGGCAUCGAGCUAUCGAAGACACAAAUCAAGAACAAGUGGGAUAGGUUGAAGAAUGAUUGGUCCAUUUGGAACAAGUUAGUGCGGAAUCAAACCGGAACGGGUUGGGAUAAUGCAAGAGGAGUGAUUAAUAUGGACAACGAGUGGUGGAAAAAGAUGAAAAUGGACGUUCCGGGUUCUGGAAAAUUCAAGAAGAAACCGUUGCAAAAUCAAGACUUCCUUGGAGAAAUGUUUGGUGACAUUUCUAACGAUGAAAGUGAUCAUUGGAACCCUAUGAGUGACAAUCCUAUUAUACCCGAUAGCCAAAAAGAGUUUGAAAACAUAGAUGGAGAAGGACUGGAGGAGGAGGACAACGAGUUUAUGCAUGAUUGGUCAUAUAGGGAGGAAGAGGAUGAUGAGGUUCAGGAGGUAUCACCUGUUGUUGACAAUAGAAAAAGAAAACCUCGUGUUGUCCUAGAAAUUCCUAAGAAGCCAAAGUCAAGUACAGCUCUUCAAAUCCAAGAACAAAUCACGAAGAUUGCUAACUCAGCCGAGUCUUUUACAUCAAGAAAGCAAGCUGAGGGCGUUUCAAUCAAAGAAGUAAUGGAUGUUGUCUUGGAUUGUGGGGCAGAAUAUGGUAGCAAUGAGCAUGACAUUGCUACCCAAUUAUUUGUGAAAAAAGAACAAAGGGAAAUGUUUUUGACUCUCCCUACUAAAGAAAUUCGUUUGAACUGGCUUAAAAGAAGGUACAAUGACAAGUAUGGGAAUUGA